CUGGGCGGAGCUCUGAUGAGGAAGAGGAACCACAACAACAGAACGUCUUCAGAAAUAUCGUUGAUAGAUUUGUAAAUAUGUGUUUCACACUCACACCCUGAGUGAAGUGCCCGAGGUAACUCAAUUUCCUGGCUCCAGAGUGUUUGCAUGAAGCCUUUGGAUUUGACUGGUACUUUAUAGGACGGAGCAACACUAUGGAGGAGACGAGUCGGGAGGCGGUUGCCACGGCGGUGCAGCGCGUGGCAGGGAUGCUGCAGAGGUCCGAUCAGCUGGAUAAAGUGGAGCAGUACAGAAGAAGAGAGGCACGCAAGAAGGCCUCUGUGGAAGCCAGGCUGAAGGCAGCCAUCCAGUCCCAGCUGGACGGCGUUCGCACUGGACUGACCCAGCUGCACAGCGCCCUGCUGGAUGUCAAAGACAUCCAGGGCUCACUGGCUGAUGUUAGCAAAGACUGGAGGCAGAGCAUCAACACCAUAGAGAACCUAAAAGAUGUCAAGGAUGCUGUAGUUCAACACAGUCAGCUGGCCUCAGCAGUGGAAAACCUUAAAAACAUUUUCUCUGUCCCAGAGAUCGUGGCAGAUACGCAGCAGCUGAUAGAGCAGGGAGAGCUGCUGCAGGCUCACAGGAAGCUGAUGGAGCUGGAGUGUUCACGUGAUGACCUCAUGUAUGAGCAGUACCGCAUGGACAGCAAGAACACAAGUGACAUGAACCUCAUCUCCAUUUAUUUUGAAGAUGUUCAGGGCUUGUCAGAUGAGCUGGCCAAGCAGUUAUGGAUGGUGCUGCAGAGGGCCAUGGUUACGGUUCGCCGUGACCCUACCAUGCUGGUGUCAGUGGUUCGCAUCAUUGAGCGGGAGGAGAAGAUCGAUCGACGAAUGGUCGACCGUAAGAAGCAGACCGGGUUCAUCCCACCUGGACGACCCAAACGGUGGAAAGACAGGAUGUUCGAGGUGCUGGAGGGGACAGUCAGCACCCGCAUUGAGGGCACCCAGGCAGUGACUAGAGAGGUCGAUAAAAUGUGGCUGGUUCGUCUUUUAGAAAUAACCAGGAAAUAUGUUCUGGAUGACCUCAUCAUUGUCAAGAACCUCAUGGUGCAGUGCUUCCCACCACACUACAACACUUUCAACAGGUUUUUCAGUCUCUACCAUAAUGCUGUGUCCACUCGUGUCAAAGAACUGGCCUCUGAGGACUUGGAGGCUAAUGAGAUCGUAUCCCUGCUAACCUGGGUCCUCAAUACAUAUAAGAGUGCGGAGAUGAUGGGCCAUCCAGAGCUCUAUUCAGAGUGUGACAUCAACCAGCUGGAGCCUCUGCUGCCUCAGGAUGUGGUGGACGACCUGCUCAGCAAAUAUGUCAAGACUUUUACAUCUAAUAUAACAGGCUGGCUGCGGAAGGCCCUGGAAACAGACAAGAAGGACUGGCAGAAAGAAACGGAGCCUGAGGCAGAUCAAGAUGGAUACUACCAGACCACGCUGCCCGCCAUCGUCUUUCAGAUGUUUGAGCAGAACCUGCAGGUUGCUGCGCAGAUCGACGGGGAUUUUAAAGAGCAAGUUCUGAAGCUCUGUCUGAAACAGAUGAACACUUUCCUUAUCAGGUACAGAGAGGAGGCUGUGACCUACAAAGAGGAGCACCUGAGAGACAGACAGCUGCCUCAGUGUUACGUUCAGUACAUGAUUGCCAUCAUUAACAACUGCCAGACAUUCAAAGAGUCCAUCAACAGUCUGAAGAAGAAGUACUCGCAGUCAUCAGAGCCCACUGACAGUGAUGCUGCUAUAGAGAGGACCCUCAAUGAGGUGGCUAAGGAUGGAUGUCAGUUCCUGCUGGAUGAAGUCUUCCUAGACCUUGAACAUCACCUGAACGAGCUGCUGACCAGGAAGUGGCUGACGGGCUCUCAUGCUGUGGACACCAUCUGUGUGACAGUGGAGGACUACUUCAAUGACUUCAACAAGAUCAAGAAGCCCUUUAAUCAGGAGAUGACGAGUGAGGCCCUGCGCAGGGUGGUGGUGGAGUACAUUAAAGCGGUGAUGCAGAAGAGGAUCACCUUUAAAAACGCAGAUGAGAGGAGGGAGGGAGCGGAGAGGAUGAUCAAAGAGGCUGAUCAGUUCAAGUUUCUCUUCAGGAAACUGGCUGCUGGUGAAGACACAGACCCGCUUUGUGGAGCCAUCGCUGCCAUCGCUGAAGUGUUCAAGCUGACUGACCCCACGCUGCUGUUCCUGGAGGUCACCACUCUGGUGUCCAAAUAUCCCGACAUCAGGGAGGAACACAUCCAGGCGUUGCUGGCAGUGCGUGGCGAUGCCAGCAGGGAAAUGCGCCAGAUGAUCAUUGGGACUCUCAGCGAGAACAAAGUAUCUUACUCUGGUGUUACACAGCCCAUCUUCAAAGACAUCACCGUGCCCACCAUCACUAUGACGACCAUGACCACCAUGACCUCCAUGGCAACUGCAAAGCUCCUCAAAUAAAGCCAAUAGCCACAACUCUAUUUCCACCUUCAGCACCUUCAAACACGAUAACGUGACACUUUUUUCUAAAAUAUUCAGGCAUUUUUAAUUGUUAAAUGCAGUGUGCUGCAAUUUCUGUCCCCAGCCUUGAUUUGCUCUUCUAUUGUCACUCUGAAUACAUGUGUGCUUUAACAAAAUAAUAAAAGUAUACUUGUGAUAA